AAAGCCUGUAAUGGGAAACUCUCAUCACAUGCAAGCUGUCACUCUGUAAACACCCACUUCCAUUCUCUCUCCCUCUCUCUAUCGCUUAUCUCUUUAUAAGAAAGGGGAAGGCAGAGCCAUGCAGCUCUAUGUAUAGUAAAAUAUUAAACAGGCGACACUUCAAAGAUCUUGACUUCGCUAAGGUUUUCAAAGCUGAAAACAGAGGAAGAUGACGGGUGAGAUUCAUGAAGACAUGGAUGAGUUUGAAGACAAUAGGCCCUGCUUCUUCAAGCUCAUCUUUGGAGGCUUCAACACUGAGCAACUGCGAAUCCCACGAAAGUUUGUGAAGCAUUUACCGAAAGAAUUGCCUGAUCAAGCAAUUCUUAGGGAUUCCUCUGGUGACGAGUGGCGUGUUAAACUGUGCAAGACUGUAGAAGACAUAUAUCUGCAAGAUGGUUGGAAGCAGUACUUUGAAGAUCACUCCUUGGGGGACAAUGAAUUCUUGCUUUUCAAACAUAAUGGAGAAAUGUCUUUUGAUGUACUGAUUUUUGGAAAAGAUGGUUGCGAGAGAGUUUAUGCUUCUAUUAACAAGCACACUCCAGUACAUGAUGAAGCAGACCAGCUUACAAAACUCAAAGAGAAAGACAUCCAGAGAAGGAAAAAAUUAGAGGAAAAGGAGCCUCCCACCCAGAAAAGAAAGGUUUGGAAAAUGGCCGAGUCUUUUACCUCCGAUUUUCCUUACUUCAAGAGAUGCAUGACAAAAUCCCAUGUGGAGAAGGUGUUCAUACUUCGAGUCCCAGCUGUUUUUGCUAAAGAACACCUUCCUCCUCAAGGCAGGGCAAAGAUUGUUGUGAGGAAUUCAGAAGAUAAAUCUUGGGAAGUGAAUUACGUGAGCAAUGGGUGGAACCAUGUCCUUUCUGGAGGGUUCAAAGCCUUUGUACUUGAAAACAAGCUCAAGAUUGGUGAUAUCUGCAUAUUUGAGCUUUUGGGGAAACAAGAAAUCCGAGUCCAUAUUUUCCGCUGACCGAAAUUUGAGUUAACCUGCCUUUUAGAAGACACUCUCACACACUUUUCAGACAACAUGGAAGAUAGUGUUGAACAGAACCUUCACUUGUGGGCACAAGUUCAAGGCUUUCAAAAUGCUUGUUUGUUUUCUGGGCUAAACCUUUCGUUUGGGCCCGAAUCUUCGGCCCAUGAGUUUAAAUCUCAAGAGCUGGGCUUUAGGCCCAUAAAGGUUGACAAA